AUGGAGGUGCGGCGGAUAGCGCAAGCCGCCGUCACACCCGUCACGGCAGUACAGGAGCUGGGGGCUGGAGGAUAUGAUACCGCGGUUCAGAGCGGUGCUGAUGGGUGCAUCGAGGUGGUGGUAGGGGCCAAUUUGUCAGAUAGAACGGCAGGAGCGGCGGAUAGCGCAAGCCGAGGCGACGCGGCUGUGACGGUAGCUCAUGAGUCUCGAGAAUUUCAUGCCACGACGGUUCAGAGCGGUGGUCAGGGGUGCAUGGGGAAGAGGGAAGCGGAGGGUGGGGAGGCGGAGAGCGCAGGCGGGGCGGAGCGGAGAUUACCGGACGGGGGAAUGGCCACCGAGGGGAUCGGCGGACGAGACGCAGUGGCGGAGGGUGUGAGGGAGAGAUUGGGGGAAGGAUUGGCGGAGGGAUUGGCGGAGGGACUGGCGGAGAGGGAAGCGGCUUCCGCGGGGGUUCCUAGUGGACGAGACGGAGUGGAGGAGAGUUCCGCGGAGGGAUUGGCGGACGGUUCGGCGGAAGGAUUGGCGGAGGGAUUGGCGGAGCGGAUCCGCGCGCUGGUAGAUGCGGCGGACAUGGGCGCAGUGCGGGAGGCGCAAGGGGAGAGCCUUGGCGCGCUACAAGACACGGCGGCCAUCUUGGCGCAUUUCAACGCAUUCUCGCUCAAGGCGCUGGCGUCCGAGGCCCCCAGCAUGCGCGCGUACACGGCAUCGCUGCAUGCAGUGCAGGCAGAUCUCAUGCGCUCGUUCCGGACAAUCAGGGAAAUGAAGGCGAAGUUGAGAAAGGCAUUUCCAAACGCGUUCAAGGAAGCAGAGGAGAUUCUGGCAUUACAGCCGGGAUUGCAAGUGGAUGAGGAGGGAGGAGGGGAAGCAGAGGAGAUUGUGGCACUGCAGCUGGAAUUGCAAGUGGAUGAGGAGGAUGAGUGA